CGUUAAUUGCAUGUACUUUGCUACAUCUCUAUUCUCUCCCUCCCGUUAAUUACAUGCACGUUUCCCCGCAGUUGGUUGCACAGAGCCCCGAGUGGUUGCCUGCAGUGAGGAGACUGUUUCCUCUGUGGAAGUGCUUCCCUGGUGGGACUGGGUGUGGUGCCUGCAUGGAGAAAAAAAUGGGGGAAGCUGUAGCCAGAGUUGCCAGAAAGGUGAAUGAAACAGUGGAGAAUGGAGCAGAAUCCCUAGAUUUGGCUGACUGCAAGUUGAUGAUGUUCCCUAUUGGCAUUUACAAAGUCAUGAGGAAUGUCACCGAAGGGAUACAUCUCAUAACUCUGGCCAAUAAUGAACUCAAGUCUGUGACCAGCAAAUUCAUCACCACUUUCAGCCAGAUGAGAGAACUCAACCUGGAAGGGAAUUAUCUGCGUCGCCUGCCUGAAGAGAUGAGAACCCUGUUACAUCUGAAGGUCAUCAACCUGUCCAGGAACAAGUUUCGACACUUUCCUGAGCAGUUGACUACCUUGAAGGCUCUUGAAACCAUCAACCUUGAAGAGAAUGAGAUUACAGAUGUCCCUGUUGAGAAACUUUCUUCAAUGGAGUCGCUGCAGAGUGUAAACCUGAAGUCAAAUCCCCUGAACGAGGAAGUCCAGGUGAUUGCCAGGCCGCUGAUCAAAUUUGAUCUCCUGGUGUCUCCAAAGGGAGCACAUGCUGCUCUGCAAGCCUGAAACACAGACUUUGGUUGCGUGGACUUGGUGUGACUUCAUUUGAGGUUUUAAAGGGAAAGCUAGGGGAUCCAGCUGCAGGGCAUGCUGAUCUAGAAUGGCUCCACCAGCUUUUGCAAGCUGCAUCACUCCUGCAUGUGUGAGGUUUUGUAGAUGUGAGGAGUAGGAUGGGGAUGAUUGGGGGAGGGGGGGGUUCAGAGUCGGUAUUUCAUUGAUAGAGAGUGGAUCUGCUUAUUGUUAUUUCUUUGCAGCUGUCUAAAAUACACAGAAAUGCAGUGAGGCCCUAGUAAAUCACUAUUUGAUAAAGGAAUAAAUCUGUGAAAAGAUUAAACUUCCAGGGCAACAGAAAGGAAAGUGCAAUGCAGAAAUAGAUCAGAUAAGAGACUCAGGGCAGGUCUUCACUACGGGGGGGGGGGGGGUCGAUUUAAGAUACGCAAAUUCAGCUACGCGAAUAGCGUAGCUGAAUUCGACCUAUCGGAGCCGACUUACCCCGCUGU